AGCGUUGAUACCCUUUUUUCCUUUCAAAUCAUGGCGGACGCGCUUUGCGGGCCUUCGAAUGCCCUUCAGAAUUUCCAAAAACACACGACCGUUGAUCGGACGCUGCAGCAAGAUCGACUGGUCGGCAGACAGUCACCAGCGCAGGGCUUUAGGUCAGCACCAGGGCCAAACGUAGGGGCAUUAGAUUCCGAGUUCGACGCCUUUCAGGCUGGCCGACCUGGUCCGCCGCAAGACUUCCAGCAGUUUGCUCCACGCUUCGCACAACCUCCUCCGCAAUUCGCGCAAGCGCCUCAAGCGCCCGACUGGGCUGCUGACUUUCAGCGUCUGAAUGUGAGCGGUCCACCUCCACAAGCGUUGCAGCAACAAAGACCGCAGGCAGCAAGCACGGCGUCAGCAUGGCAUCAGGACUUCUUGAAGCAGCAGACGCCGGUCGCACAGGCUCCCACGUUACAGCAGAACACGUUUGGGGGCAUGUCGGGGUACGGCAUGGGUGGAUUUGGAGGACAAGCGUACAUGCAGACACCAAGUUUUCAGAACGCGCAAAUGUCCGACGUGGCACAAGGGAAGCAGCGGGCGCAGGAUGAUGUACCCGCUUUCGACGAGGCGGCCUUUGAACAGGCGUUUGCGCAGGCGCAACAAGAUAUGUUGGAGGUUGUCGAGGCAGAGCAGGCACAUGCACAACCAGCGCAAGAAACGCUGGACUUGGACCGGCCGGGUGAGAUGGAUCCUCUCCUUCAACGGAUACGUGAAACGCGUCCAGCCGUAUACUCUGCCAUCCAAGUAUGGAGCGAAACUGGCCUUGGACGAACCUCUGAAGCAGUCGCAUACCUGGAGAACAUGAACCAGAUGGAGCGAAACGGGUCCUUGAUACAAGACGCAAACGAAGGAAGAUGGAUAGUCGAUUCCCUGCAGAGAAUUGCAAAUCGUGAUGCUCCUCAAGAAGUCAAGACCCGCGCCGAAGGCCUUAUCAAGGCAAUCAACGAGCGCCUCAUGUCGCAAUACCCCCUCGGCACGCGCGUGCCCAUGUCGGAAGAGCAAAUCUGGAAAGACCUCGAAGCAGCAGGCUACAUGCGAACACCGGCGCCACUCCAACGCAUGCAGCAACUGCCCGAGGAAGAGCAAAAGCAACAAGAACAGCCCAGACCAAACGAAGACGACGAAAUGGCAGCAACUGCAGGACGCCUCCUCGAACGCGUCGCAGACAACACAAGCGAAAAAUUUCAAAACUCACAGUUCCUGGGUCUCAUGCGCCGCCUGCGCGACCGCGAAGUCAGAGUCCAGGAAGACAAGAUUGUCGAAGUCGAGGGCGCCGCCCAGCACCAAACAACCAAUAACUCUACCACUACUACCAUUCCUGCCGUACAAACCAGCAACACCCAACAAUCACAACCCCCGUCCUCAACCCAAAUCCCCCCAAUAGACCCCACAAUCCUCUCCCACGCAGCCACCGACUUUGAACAACCAAUCUACUCCGACAUGGGCCACGCCCACGACCAACAAUCAAUAUAG